GUUGUCUCUCUCGUGCCACACAUUCGGAGUUCAAUGUUCUUUCCAACGUGUUGUUCUUUUGGUUCACGGUGCUGAAAUUUUGUAGAAUUCAAUAUGAAAUAUAAUAGGCUGGUUUCCUCGUCGCGCAGGAAGAACAGGAAGAGGCAUUUCACGGCACCAUCGCACGUCAGGAGGCGGCUUAUGUCCGCUCCGUUGUCGAAGGAACUACGGCAGAAAUAUAAUGUGCGCUCGAUGCCGAUUCGUAAGGAUGACGAAGUACAAGUUGUACGUGGGCACUACAAAGGGCAACAAGUAGGCAAAGUUGUCCAAGUAUAUAGAAAAAAAUUCGUCAUAUACAUUGAGCGGAUUCAGCGUGAAAAGACAAACACUGCAAAUGUAUACGUCGGCAUUGAUCCUUCCAAGACGGUUAUUGUUAAGUUGAAGAUGGACAAGGAUCGCAAGAAGAUCAUAGACAGGCGAAGUAAAGGUAGGCUCGCUGCAUUGGGCAAAGACAAAGGUAAAUACACAGAAGACGUGACAGCUGCUAUGGAGACAUCAUGAAUUCUGAUAUUUUUCUUUGUGUUUAUACUAAUAAAAAAAUAUUAAAAUCAAAA